AUGACACAGAGACACCUCAUCUGGAAAAUUAGCUUCCUUUCUCUCAUGGGGCCUGGAAUUUUGGGAAAUUUUCUUAUGCUUUUGAAACAUGUACGUAUAUUAGUCAUGAGUCGUGAGAAAAAUUCCAUAGAUCUUAUCCUCAUUCAUUUAGUUAUUUCAAAUAAUGUCAUUAUUUUUACCAGAUGGAUCAGUGACAUAAUCACGGUCACUUAUGUCAGUAACUUCCUACUAAGUGACAUUGUUUGCAAAGUCAUGAUUUACCUGAGUAGGGUGGCUCGAAGUCUCUCCAUCUGCACCACCUGCCUCCUCAGUGUAGUCCAGGCCAUCACCAUCAGUCCCAGGAACACCUUGUGGAGAAAGUUCAAACCACACACUGCAUGGCAAGUUCUCCCCUACCUCCUCUUCUUCUGGAUCUUUAGCUUUCUCAUAAGCUCUAACUUGCUGCACUACAUCACAGCAGUCAACAACAGCACAAAUGAGCCUCAAGUUAGAACAUACAUUGGGUAUUGCCACAUGCUGCCGGCUCCACAAAUGGUCAGAUGGCUCUUCCUCUGCCUCAUGGCUCUCCGGGACCUCACCUUUCAGAGUCUCAUGUACUGGAGCAGUCUGUACAUGGCUCUCUAUCUGUACAAACAUCACAAACGUGUCGUCUACCUCCAGAGCUCCAGGUGUACCAAAUAUCCCAGCCCAGAGAUCAGAGCCACUCAGAGUACUCUCAUUCUCAUGACAUGUUUCCUGUUGUCUUAUUGGGCAGAUUUCAUUUUUUCAUUCUACACAGGGAUCACAUGGUCUCAGCAAUCAACAACAUUAGGUAUCAAACUAUUUCUUGAACUGGGUUAUGCCAGUCUCAGCCCCUUUGUUCUGAUCAGCAGGGAUAUUCACAUCGCUUCCUGCUGUAGUGCUCACUGA